CAAAGUUGUUGUCUCUUUAAAGAAGUACAAAUACUAUAAUAAGGAAAGAAUUGGCAACACGGUAAAAGCAGAACGAACCAAUGAGAACGAACAAAUUUCGGUUCGUUUUGUUUUUCUCUCUCGAGCAUGUUGACAUUCAACAUGGCGGCAUGUCGUCAGUGCUGUGCUGUGUCGUGGUGAGUUGAUAUUUUCUCAAAUUUCACAAACAAUAACACCAAAUUCAAAAUCUAAAACUUGUGUAACUAAGAACUUCAAAAUUUAGUAUAGAAGAAGAAUAAUAAAAAGAAGAAAUUGUAAAAAAUUGAAAGUAACCAGUAUCUGCGCAACCAACCACCGACUGGCCUGACAAAUUAUGAGCAUAAAAGCACAAUCGCACCCAGCACGCAUUGAAGACAUCUGAGGAUUUUUUUUAAUUUAAUUUUUCCCUUCAUACAAAUUUUGAGUGACUGUGGAUUUUUAUACUACUACCAAUACCUACUAUUGUGAAUUUGUUGAAUUAUUACUUGUAUUAAUUGUAUAUUGUGAAUUGAUUUUCAAGACGCGAUAUAAGACGAUAAUAUAGAGAGAGAUAGAAAUAGAGUCAGUGAAAGGAAAGGAGGAGAGAAAUAAUAAUUUUAUUGUAAGCACCAUUUCGGCUGCCAUAUUGACUUUGUGGGGUAUAUGCCACAUAGGUACAUAUACCGUUAACCAUUCUGUGAUAUUCACUACACUUAAGAAACUAUAAGAAGUGAAGAUAAAAGAAGAAUAAAGAAUAAUAAAAAUCAUAUUGUACUGUAGACUAAACAAACCAUGUCCACCAAUCCUCAGUGGAAAACCUUCCAGCCGCCUCCCGAUACUAUGAAUCAAGACUCCAACAUCAUGGAUUUUAAAUCUUUGACCACUAAUGGUAAAUCUUCAGCAUUUAAUUUCACAAACCGUUCGAAUUCGGGCUCGCGGUUCGGUCAAGAUUUCCCGUUGCUGCAGGAAAAAUCCUCCUUCACCACUACGACAUCGAACGGAGGCGGCUUGGGCGGCGGCGGCAGCAACGGCCUCUACGGCUCUUCUAGCGCCACGCAGGCAAAUGCUGCGCGGUUUCCUAUAGGCACGUUCAGCAUCGACAACAUGUUCAAUAGCAGCGGCGACAACAACUCCCUGAACAAUUCGCGCGAUAACAACGAAAGAGGCGGCAGCGGCGGCCAGGAGAGGAGCGAACGGGGAAAUCGCGACAGCGGCGGCGGUGGGGUCGGCGUUUUCUCGAACGGCAACAGCGCGUCAACCGGCAGCAGCGCGUACAACGACUCCAACGCGUCGAAUCUGGGCACCCGCGAAACCGGCAUCAUUGAGAAAUUGUUGCAUUCAUAUGGGUUCAUACAAUGUUGCGAGCGUCAGGCACGUCUAUUUUUCCAUUUUAGCCAGUUCAGCGGCAAUAUUGAACAUUUGAAAAUCGGCGAUCCGGUCGAGUUUGAAAUGACCUACGAUAGGAGAACCGGCAAACCGAUCGCCAGUUCUGUAACAAAAAUUGCACCAGAAGUAGUAAUGAGCGAGGAAAGGGUAACGGGAACGGUAACGACGGAAGUUAGAGGCGAAGGAUCUGUGGGAGGCGACACCACCGGAAGGAUAAGCUACGAAAAUCGCGGCGAAUGUUUUUUUCUGCCCUACACCAAAGACGACGUCGAGGGAAACGUAACGCUGCGCUCCGGAGAUAAAGUCAGCUUUCAAAUUGCGACAAACAACAGAGGAAAUUUGGGAGCAUGCCACGUGCGCCUGGAAAAUCCGGCGCACCCGGUGAAAUACGCGGGCGUCGUGUGCUCGAUGAAAGAAAGUUUCGGUUUCAUCGAACGCGCCGAUGUCGUCAAGGAGAUUUUCUUCCAUUUUUCCGAGGCCAAAACCAAAGAGGAGCUGCGAUUGGGCGACGACGUAGAGUUUAUCAUUCAGACGCGCAACGGAAAAGAGGUGGCUUGCAAUAUAACGCGUUUGGCGCCUGGGACGGUAAUCUUCGAGGACCUGAAGCCGGAGAUUUUGAAGGGUCAAGUGCUGAAGCCGCUUGAUCGCGGUCCUUCUGCGCGCCACCAGACUGACGCGUUGCCCGGCAGGAUUCGCUACCGCGCGCCCGACCAUUCCGAGGUGGAGAUCUCCUUUGGGGACAAGGAUCAACGGGGGGACUUCACUCUCAGGCACGGAGAUUGGGUACAAUUUAAGAUUGCUACUGAUAGAAGAGACGGUUUAAACCGCGCCACUCACAUCUCUCUGCUCGACGAAAGCUUCCUGGUGUCGGGCGAGAAGCGCGAACAAGGCACUGUCGCCUCCGUUAAAGAAGGUUUUGGUUUCCUAAAGUGCGUAGAGCGCGAACCGCGUCUCUUUUUUCACUUCAACGAGAUCCUGGACGUGGACCGCGAGGUGCAGGUGGGCGACGAGUUUGAAUUUACCGUGGUCCAAGACCAGACCACCAUGUUUACCAACAACAGGCAGAGCGCCAUAAGGAUGAAGUGGCUGGAACCGGGAACUGUUCAGUUUGAGAUUAGGAUCGAAAACGAUUUGUCGGGAGUGGUGACGAAAGAAAUUGCGCCCAACUGGUCGACUCGUAGUCCCAGCAAGACCAGCCAGAGUGGGGGAGAACCCGCCGUCGAGUCUGGCAUCAUCACCUAUCAGAUUUACGGUACAAAGAAAACCAUUCCCUAUUAUUCCAAAGAUUGCGACAUCAAGCACUAUCCCAGAACGGGAGAUAAGGUUGAGUUCAAUAUAAACCAGGUAAAAAGAAACAAGGAGCUGAUCGCCACUGAAGUACAGAUAACACAAUCGUGCGCCCUGCAGACUAACGGCGUCAAAAAUAGCAACGGCAACGGUAACAGUGCUGCAGCCGCCGCCGGAAGCGGCAGCACGCCCAGGAACGCUCAAAUCUAUCAGGGCUUCAUUGCCGCCCUCAAGGACGGUUUCGGUUUUAUCGAAACCAUUCAGCACGACAAGGAGGUCUUUUUCCAUUUUAGUAAUUUCGAGGGCGACUCCAACACCUUGGAACUGGGCCAAGAGGUCGAGUACAACGUGGGCGUGCGCGGCAAUUCCGGUUCGUGCUCUUCCGCCGAAAACGUGAAGAUCGUGCCGAAGGGUAGCAUCGCCCUGCCGGCGGUCAGCGGCGACGUUCUGGACGGUCAAGUCGUCCGGCCCCUGCGCUCGGUCAAUCCCGAUCAGACCGAGUACAGCGGCCUGGUGCGCAUCAAUGCGGACAAUCCCGAAGACAAGCCGAUCGAGUACGAGUUCGGCAUCAUGGGAUUGGCCAGCAAAAGAGAGCUCUUACAGGUUGGCGACCACGUCCAGUUGCAGGUGGACGAGACCGGUCGCGCCGCCAACAUAAUCGCCGUGAGGAAGAAGCUGCGCGCCACCGUUGACGCGAUCAAAGGCCACUUUGGCUUUCUGGCUUACGAGGUGGAGGAGGGCAAGAAGCUCUUUUUCCACAUGACCGAGGUGAAGGACAACGUCGCGCUGCAAGUCGGCGACACCGUCGAAUUCGUCCUGGUCACCAAUCACAGGAGCGGCAAGUCAUCGGCCUGCGGCGUCGUCAAAGUCAGUGACGUUCAAGCUCGACCGGAAAGGUUGAUAAGCAGACUACGUACAAUAUCCGUGGACGACACGGGCCCCAAGUUGCUGUUGACGCGGCAACCGAAGGGCCCCGACGGCUCGAAGGGAUUUUCAACGGAGGCGAGAACCGCGCGAAUGCCCGGCUGCGUGAUGGAGUAAUUUAAACCAACCAACGGAACACUCUUAGUCACAGUUAAGUCAUCAUCGUUCAUAUGUCAUUUACAAAACUGUAGCUAUUGUAACUUGUAACUCUUGUCUUAGCAGUGAAGUUGAAGGUAUAUAAUGUAUUUUAUUAUAAGUCUUAUAAUUACGUAAGAUUGAACAAUAUUUAUUAAACUAUUGAGAAAUUGCGACAUUUGUUAAUAAAAACAAUCUCUAGGCAACAAACCUUUGUUUGGUUAUAUACACCAAUAUUAGUUUUUUAGUAGCUAAUAUUUAUACAUGUUGAUGAAUUAUUAAGCGAGGCGUUUUGCAGUUUUGCUCCUGCUUAAUCGAUUAAAUUAUUAAAUAAAUAAAAAAAAUUUAAACACUGCUUACAAACCAAAAAAAAAUGAUAAUCCAUUGACAAAUAUGAUACAAGGAAUUUAUUAUUAGGAUACAGAGUUAAGGUUUUUAGAUUAUGAUCUAGAGAAGACUGCAUCCCUCAUUACUGAGACAUACCUUUUUUAAUAUUAUUUAGACUACUACUCCGUUUAGAUGUGUAUUGUGCAGUACCCGCAGCAGCUUUUUUGGUGUUGAAACUAGCUGAGCUCAUCUCAUAGUCUCGUAGAGUCAUACCGUCUUGCUUCUUCAUAAUAUUACCUUCUCUGUGAUAGAUCUGUAGACUCUGAAUGUACAGCCAAACGAAACAUAGCAAAAAUAUAAAUAUCCACAAUUUUUACUUAUCCCACAAAGAACUUUCUUUUUUUUAAUGUGUAGUUAGGUGACAUUUUUUAUUUAUUUUUUUUAUUGCAUGUUGAUGUGGGUACUGUGAUGCAGUUUUUCAAAAUAACUACAAUGUAAAUGUGGAUUAUCUUUCUAUUUGUAAAUUGUUUUUGAUUUUCAAAGGAAGUAAAUAUAUUAAGUAAAUACUAUUGCUAAAAUUGUUUUAUUUAUACACUUAAAAUACAUAUUUAAUAUAUCACGAGCUCCAAACUGGUGGUACAGUCAAAUUCAUAUUACUAUGCAUUCAAAAGGAAAUAUGUCCCCUAUCCUUCCCUGACCUGGAAUUGGACAA